GAUCAACUCAGGAAGUAAAUUGUAGAUAGAACUUGACCUAGACACAUGCCAUUCAAACUGAGUUCUUUCUAUAUUUAUUCACAUAAUGCAACAAAAUAUGUAACCUAUACACCAAUAAUUCAGUGUGACUUUGUGGGUAUUGCUUGUUCAAAUGGAUAUUAACUUGCUUUAUUGGAAAAACGAGGGAAAGGUGAAUAUCCCAUCCAUCAACGUCUAUGAGCAAUGAAUAACAUACAUCAUUCCUGUAGUAAGCAACAUUAUGCAUAUUUGGAAUGAUUGUUGAUCUGAAGUGUUGUUUCAAUGCAUGGACAUUAUUUUUCAGACGUUCCUCAGUCGACUACGCCUCUGGUUUAAUAUUCUUGACCCAAGUUCCUUGCUCAGCUCUGAUGUGAGUACCCAGAAAAUGUGACUUCUUAUGAAUUAUUUCAUUUUUUGUAAGCUCCACAUGUGACUCGAUUGUGGAGAGAACCGUUAGCUGAAUUUGAACUAGCCCUUGAACUAGCUCAUGACUCUCAGUUCCUUUACGUUCACACACGGCCAUAUUUCGAUGUUACAGCGCUUGUUUACAGAAUACAGCGAAGACCUGUGCUAAUUAGCUAUCUGUAGUGCUGAGCAAUUAGUGCUUUUUGAGGUCGGUUCGAUUAUAAAAGAAUAGUCAUGGUUUUCGGUUUAGAUUAUUAUUAAUUUUUUUGCAUUAAAUGAAUUGUGCAUUAUGUAGGUUGAAUGCUGUAACAACACAGAAUACAACAAUUAAUAAAAGACCCAUGAUGGUAGUGACUGCCCAUCAGUGGUGGAAAAAGUACCCAAUUGUCAUACUUGAGGAUAAAGUAAAGAUACCUUAAUAGAAAAUGACUCAAGUAGAAGUGAAAGUCACUCAGUAAAAUAGAACUUAAGUAAAGUCUAAAAGUAUUUGGUUUUAAAUAUACUUAAGUAUCAAAAGUAAAUGUAAUUGCUAAAAUAUACUUAAGUAUCAAAAGUAAAAGUAUAAAUAAUUAAAAGUUCUGUAUAUUAAGCAAACCACACGGCACCAUUUUCAAGUUUUUAUUUAUUUACGAAUAGCCAGGGGCACACGCCAACACUCAGACCAUAAUUUACAAAUGAAGCAUGUGUGUUUAGUGAGUCCGCCAGAUCAGAGGCAGUAGGGAUGACCGGAGAUGUUUUUGGGUGUCAGGGAAAACGUAUGGAGUAAGAAGUACAUUAUUUUCUUUAGGAAUGUAGUGAAGUAAAAGUAGUCAAAAAUAUAUAAAUAGUAAAGGAAAGUACAGAUACAAAAAAAAACUACUUAAGUAGUACUUUAAAGUAUUUCUCCUUAGGUACUUUACACCAUUGCUGCACAUUACUGCUUAUCACUUAUUAACAAUUAUUUAUUCACAUUACUUUACUUUAAUACAAUUUCAGUUGUGUAUAUUACAUUUGUUUUAUUAUUCAAAGUAAAUAUGGUAUACUUUUAUGACAGCUGAAUACCAACUAUCAAUCACUUAGAUAAUGUAUUUUCAGAUACCUCGCAAAGCAACGGCUGCUCUAGAUAUCACCUCACGAUCGCACAUUCUUCUCUUCAGUAGCAGGCGUAAAAUAAACACAUAAAAAGAAAAGGAGAGCCGCACACUAUGAGCUCAGAUGCAAUAUUUUUGUAACCAACGUUUCGACAGCCAAGCUGUCUUCAUCAGUCAAACACAAAAAGAAACACAGACCAUACAAGUAGAUGCGCAAUGGAAUAUGCGCUACACUAUGUAGAAUAUUGGCCUGUUGGAAACUACAACUCCCUUCUACAUUGCACAGUUCAGGCUGGAUCUGAUUUAUCUCUAGAGAAACGGCGAUGUGCGGAUUGAGCUCACAGAAAAAAACUGAAUGAAGUGGAAUUCACAUAAUUGAACCGACAUCGGUUUAAAAAACGAAAUUUCGGUUAAUCCCUCAGCAUUAGCUCUCUGCGUCUCCGAACACCUGUGUAAACCGGAAGACGGAUGCCAUAAACGUGUUGUUACUGAAAAAUACUUUCGGCUGCAACUGUGUUAAAACCAAUUAUGUAUAUAAACCUUGGAUUGCUGAUUCUAUGUUUUGGCCAUAGAGGCCUUGAAGCCGCUCCUCAGAAGGGCAGUCAUCCAUACGAAUGAUUGGAAUUCUACAGUAUUUCAUUUAAAUGUUUCAAGGACAAAAUUACAUGUAUAUAAAAAAAAUUGCUAUGGGAAAAUCGAGCUCUGAACCGCAUAGCUGUGCGCCUCCCAAAUUUUGUAACAAUGCAGAGGGUUCCGUAUAGCUCUGUAUAGCUCCGCAUUGACAUGACUGGUUGACGGUAGGUGGGGGCGGGAGGUCCUCUAUAAACACACUUACUUCCUUGACAACAGCUCUGCUCCGGGAAGCCAAGAAGUAUGAAUUCUCUGACUUCUGUGGAGGCCGCACCGCAAUCCGACGUCUGCAGUUGCUGUACAGCAUUUAUUGCUAUGCAGCCUCCUCAGAAGUCAGAGCAUUCAUACUUCUUGCGCUUUGCGGAUUAGAGCUGUUGUCAUGGUAAUUGUCAAGGAAGUGAGUUUGUGUUUAUACAGGACCUCGCGCCCCACCUACCGUCAACCAAUCAUGUCAAUGCGGAGCUAUACGGAGCCCUCCGCAUUGUUACCAAAUUUGGGAGGCGCACGGCGAUGCGGUACGGAGCUGGAUUUGGCCUCCACAGGCUCCGCAAUUGUAUCAACCCUCCGUACGGAGCCUCCGGAUUGUAUUGCCUGAGCAAGCAUAAAUUGGCUUUAAGCCUGUAGAGUAGACCAGUGGUUUUCAACUGGUGUGCUGCGGCACACUGGUGUGCCUUGAGGAAGUCUCAGAAAAUGUAUAAUUUGCAGUAUGGAUCAGAAAAGUUUUUAUCCCAUCAAAUUGUGCCACGGUUAAAAAAAGGUUGAAAACCACUAGAGUAGACUGUAGUAAACAGUUCACUCACACAGGAGGCCCCACUGUUUAUGAGUCACAUUUGGGGCUAUGUCACAGAUCUCUUUGGCUAUGUGUUCUUGCUGCACAGACACUUUCAAGCACCAUGAUUUGUAGCUCAAAAAGGUGAAAAAUGUAUAUUAAAAUGAGGUUUAUUUCUUUAUUUCUCAGGCUGAAAUAGAAAAUGCCCACUCACUCAUUGGAAGUGUGGAGAGAAAGCUGCAUGAUGAAAAGGUAAGCUAAAAUUGCUAACAAGGUAAGAUUUACAGUUUUUCUGUCAUCAUGGCAAAUGUUUUCAUUUGACACAUUUUAAAUCAAGUUCUGUUUCCUCUAGGCUGGAGAUGCAGCAUGGAUGCUUUCUCUUGUAAGUGAGAUACUACAACCAGCUAAAUCUACAACCUGUACUAAAUCUGGCUUGUACAGAAACAAACUGUCUGAUAUCCAGUCAGAGUGAAUUGAAAAAUUAUAACAUAAUACAUUAUGGCAUUUAUUUUGAUAUCUUGCAAAGUUUUGAUAUCUCUGAUUGUUUCUGCAGUCUUCUGUUCAUGCUGGUACUGGUGCUAUACUUCCAGCUGUUUUCCGUCCUCAAGGUACUAUAGCAUUAAUCAAGUGAAAUGUCUGAUCGUAGCCUAGUUCUUUUCUCUGUGCUUUGUGUUACAUUGGCUUUUGACUAGUCUUAGAAAUCCCAGUCCUAGGGCAACAAACAUGGGUAACAUUGUGGGAGGCAGUCUGUCUAGAGCAGGGGUCUCCAACACUGUUCCUGGAGAGCUACCCUCCUGUAGGUUUUUGCUCCAACCCCAGUUGUAACUAACCUGGUUCAUCUUAUCAACCAGCUAAUGAUGUGCUAGAUUAGGGUUGGAGUGAAAACCUACAGGACGGUUCUUCUCCAGGAACAGGGUUGGAGAGCCCUGGUCUAGAGAGACAAGCUUUUGACAGAAAAUAACAAGCACCACAAAAUCAUGAUAACUUUUAACGGCGUCUUUCAUUUUUAUAGCAUUUUUACCAAUAUCAGCCCCUUUGGUAAGUGUUUACAAUUUUAUUUCAUGGUGUAUCACUUUUUACUGUAAAUGUUUUAUACAUUUUUUUAAAUAAUCACUCUAAAACUCAGAUAGCAAUUGCAACUGGUGUAUUUCAAUUUCAUGGUUAUUUCAAAUUAAUUGAUAGAAUCUUGUAUUCACCACACUGUAAUGGUUGAUUAACAUACUUUUCAUUUUCCUUCAGGUUGUUGCCAGCUUUUUGCCACACAGUGGAGUCAAACCGGCUCUAUUCUGGCAGGUAAGGGACUUGCAGAUGAUCACAUCAACUGAUAUAAUCAUAACCAAGUACCAGUGGAGGCUCCUCAGAGGAGGAAGGGGAGGACCAUCCUCCUCACUGAAUUUCAUAAAAAUAUAUUCACGUCACCAAAUAAUGUAUUAAAACACACUGUUUUGCAAUGAAGGUCUACAGUAGCCUCUACAGCACUCUGUAGGGUAGCACCAUGGUGUAUCCGGAGGACAGCUGGUUUCCGUCCUCCUCUGUGUACAUUGACUUCAAUACAAAACCUAGGAGGCUUAUGGUUCUUACCCCCUUCCAUAGACUUACGCAGUAAUUAUGACAACUUCCGGAGGACGUCCUCCAACCUAUCAGAGCUCUUGCAGCAUGAACUGACAUUUUGUCCACACAAUCAAAGGAUCAGAGAAUGAAUCUAGUACUGAAAGCAUAAGCUACAGCUAGCUAGCACUGCAGUGCAUAAAAUGUGAUGAGUAGUUGACUCAAAAAGAGAGAAAGACAAUAGUUGAACAGUUUUGUGUUUCUUUAAAAAUGGAGAACCAAGAGAGAGAGAGCUAGCUCACAGAGAGUGACGCUAUGUUAGCUAGCUGGCUAUGGCUAUCCAACACUGGAACUCUUCCAAGUCAUGGUAAGCUUUUGGUUUUAUGAAUUAUUGCCACCGGGGCCUGCCGGUGUAACUGCUAAACUGCUUGGUGACUGUACACUGUACUGCAUGAUUGUAGCGGGUUUACUAACACGUUAGUUCUAGUAGCUAUAUUGACUAGCUAUGACGUUAGCUAAUAUGGUGACAACGAUGUAGGCUGUGUGUAGCGGUUAUGAUAUGAAGGUUUGGCUUGGAAAGGUUUUUUCGUCUGGUCAGCUGAUGUGUUGUGCACUGAAGUCCACAAGCAAAGGGAAAAGGUGAGAGGAGGAGAGCGCGUAGAUGCGAGAAGGAAUUCUACAACGAGCAAAAUUAUCUUGCUGUUUAUAUGUGGCUGCUAUGAAAGUGAACUGUGUUUGCGUUAGAUCAGGGGUGUAUUCAUUCUGCCGAUUCUUUUGAAAAACGUUUCUUAAAUGGAAGCAAAUGGAACAAAACGGGGAUAAACAUACCUGAAUCUGUCCAAUAGAAACUCUUGUUUGGAACUGUUGGACUAAUGAUUACACCCUUGAUCAGCUAGAUGCAGGCUAGAGUAUGCAAGGCAGUUUUGAAUGUGUCACUGUCUGUCACCUUGAUUACUAAAAUGUUUCUCUCCACCUGUGCACCUACGUUGUGAACUUUCAUUCAUAGGCUAGGUUGUUGCAAACUCAUGAUACAGUGAGGGAAAAAAGUAUUUGAUCCCCUGCUGAUUUUGUACGUUUGCCCCCUGACAAAGAAAUGAUCAGUCUAUAAUUUUAAUGGUAGGGUUAUUUGAACAGUGAGAGACAGAAUAACAACAAAAAAAUCCAGAAAAACGCAUGUCAAAAAUGUUAUAAAUUGAUUUGCAUUUUAAUGAGGGAAAUAAGUAUUUGACCCCCUCUCAAUCAGAAAGAUUUCUGGCUCACAGGUGUCUUUUAUACAGGUAACGAGCUGAGAUUAGGAGCACACUCUUAAAGGGAGUGCUCCUAAUCUCAGUUUGUUACCUGUAUAAAAUACACCUGUCCACAGAAGCAAUCAAUCAAUCAGAUUCCAAACUCUCCACCAUGGCCAAGACCAAAGAGCUCUCCAAGGAUGUCAGGGACAAGAUUGUAGACCUACACAAGGCUGGAAUGGGCUACAAGACCAUCGCCAAGCAGCUUGGUGAGAAGGUGACAACAGUUGGUGCGAUUAUUUGCAAAUGGAAGAAACACAAAAUAACUGUCAUUCUCCCUCGGCCUGGGGCUCCAUGCAAGAUCUCACCUCGUGGAGUUGCAAUGAUCAUGAGAACGGUGAGGAAUCAGCCCAGAAUUACACGGGAGGAUCUUGUCAAUGAUCUCAAGGCAGCUGGGACCAUAGUCGCCAAGAAAACAAUUGGUAACACACUACGCCGUGAAGGACUGAAAUCCUGCAGCGCCCGUAAGGUCCCCCUGCUCAAGAAAGCACAUAUACAUGCCCGUCUGAAGUUUGCCAAUGAACAUCUGAAUGAUUCAGAGGAGAACUGGGUGAAAGUGUUGUGGUCAGAUGAGACCAAAAUUGAGCUCUUUGGCAUCAACUCAACUCACCGUGUUUGGAGGAGGAGGAAUGCUGCCUAUGACCCCAAGAACACCAUCCGUCAAACAUGGAGGUGGAAACAUUAUGCUUUGGGGGUAUUUUUCUGCUAAGGGGACAGGACAACUUUACCGCAUCAAAGGGACGAUGGACAGGGCCAUGUACUGUCAAAUCUUGGGUGAGAACCUCCUUCCCUCAGCCAGGGCAUUGAAAAUGGGUUGAUGGGUAUUCCAUUUUUUUUUUGUUAUUCUGUCUCUCACUGUUCAAAUAAACCUACCAUUAAAAUUAUAGACUGAUCAUUUCUUUAUCAGUGGGCAAACGUACAAAAUCAGCAGGGGAUCAAAUACUUUUUUCCCUCACUGUAGGUAUAGGGGAAAAUGUGAGUAUCCUGUAGUAGCCUAAACCUAUCAAUGUUACAUUGAGUUGCGUAAAUUGAAUAUAAAUGACAGUCAUCCAAUAUGCUGUAAUAGAAAUAAGGCCAUGCUCCUAAAAAAAAAACAAAAAAAAAUGGCCUCACUCAUCUUAAACGUCACCGACCGCCACUGCCUGGUACUCAAUACUGUUCACUAAUGAGAUAAAUAUUUCUGUAGUUUUUGCUUCAGAGUUACAGCGCUGGAUUCAAUCAUGCAAACAGAAACACAUCUUCUGACAAGGUAAAUGGAUAAGAAAUUAACUUAUUUUCACCCAAUUAUAUCUUCCCCCUUGCUGUGCCCUGUAUUUUACUGGUGUUUUGUAUGACGUCAGGGGAUUAAUGUAUUUUCUCCAUCAGGGGAUUAAGACAUCUUUGAAGCAUGGUCUGUUGAUUGUCGGAUCAGUUGCAUAUGCAACAUGUGCAGGGGUGAGUAAUCACUACUGGGGAAAAAAUGUAAUGUAUUUGGUUAAUGAAUUACUUGUCAAACAGAAGAGUAGAUGAUGGCUGUCAGAGGCUGUUUGAUCAUCAAGAUGACACUAGGUUUGACUUUACCUGUUUCAGGCAAUUCCUCAAAUAGUCAUACAGCGACUUAGCAUGAGCAGCCCAGCUGUCCAGAUGUUUUUUAGGUCCAUAUUACCAAUUCCCCUCUCAGGUAAGUGCUAAGGAUUUGAAAAACUAUUUGCACUGAAAGUAAGUCUGAUCUGGGACAUCAGGAUACCGUUACAAAGAAUGAUCAAAAUACAAAUUUUAGAUUAACAUUGUUACCAUUUCUGUCCAGAAUCAGUGCCCGAGUCUCUGACUCUGAUUGUGUCUUAUGAACAAAGUACUUGUUGAUAGAUUUAUUGAUCAAAGUGUGUUUGUUUCUGAAGCCAUUAUCCACAUUUUUGGAUAGGGUGGUGUUCCUUCUCUCAGAUCUGUGCUUUAUCCCAUAGCCUCCCUGGCCUAUUUCAAUGUGGUCAUUGUCAGAAGUGAGGAGUCCGAGAAUGGAAUCCAGGUGUUUGAUUCCAAUGGGAAUUCUGUUGGAAUCUCUCGGGCAGCUGGAGCAAAGGUGAGAGGAAAAAGUUACUGAAGUCAAAUAAAAAGGCAUCAGCAGGCUCUUAAUAUACCUUUGUUAAUGAUUGCUGACAUGUUUCCUGGUUAGGCUGUGAAGGAGACUGCUCUCUCCAGAGCUGCUCUGUUAGGCACUACAGCUGCUGUUCCUAAUCUUCUUAUUUUCCUCUUGCAAAAGUAAGUCACUCGUCUUGUGCUGGGGCUGUAUUUCCCACUAUGACCUAUUCAAGUCUUUGAGUACAUUGUUACGAUAUCAUAAGGUUAGCUAAUCUGUUUAUAAAUAGUUGGUCAAACAGCUUUGUUAAUAUUGCCUAUGAUAUGACUAAUACAAUAUGUGCUUUAAUCAAGCAACAUCUAGCUUGAAAUCAGAAAAAUAAUGAUUUCUUUACCUAAAGCUAUGAACAAAUUGACCCUAUUUUCUGUCAUUUCAGGGCAAGGUUUCUGCAAAGGAGCCCCCUGCUGGUGGCUCCUAUACGUCACAUCAGCACUGCGAUCGUCCUGGGCCUGAUGAUCCCCGUGUCCUUCAGUCUCUAUCCACAGCUUGGAACAGUAGGACUUAGAUACAUUAAAUUAAUACUGCUUUUACUGUGCACUUCUUAAAACCCAAUCAGACUGCAACUCAACAUUUUAUUCUUCUGCUUUACAGAUCAAAAAGGAAAAGCUGGAAAAAGAAUUACAGACUGCAGCUGUAAGUGGUGAACUAUUCUACCACAGGGGGCUCUGAGGCACCAGCAAACAAAUUCUGCAGACUGCAAUGUGGGAGCAGGAACACUUCAUUGAGUGGGCAUCACAAGAAGCAACCUUUUCAAGGCCACGGGAUGCAGUUUAUGGAAUAUGCACUGUUGCUUCAUACACAAGGAUGAUGAAUUGAGUCAUUAUUAAUUACAAAUUGAUAAAGGACAGUCCAUGUUUCGAUUCAGUUGAAUUUAAUAGUUGCAACUUGUAAGUGGAUGUAAAUUAACAAUGCACUGCAAAUGAAUUGUAACCGUGAGUUUGUAUAGCAAACAAUGCCCUUCCUCGUACAGCUUUUUACAGUUCACAUUAGUGAUUUGGUUUGCAAGCUUGAUCUUACAAAAAAAUAUAAAUAAUAGAGAGUAACCAUUAUUUAUUUGUUAAACAUUUAUAAGUAAAAAUAAAAUAACUUAUGGAUUUUCUUGAUGGCACAGAUACUUACAUGCAUUUUUAGAACAAAUAGGAUAUUACAGAAAUUUAAGAAAAUAGAUAGUUGAAUCUCCUAAAACUAGAUGAGGACAUACACUACCGGUCAAAAGUUUUAGAACACCUACUCAUUCAAGGGUUUUU